AUGAUGGAUAUUCGUGGGAGAAAAAUGAAAAAACCACCAGCUUGUGUUCAAUGUCGUAGGAGGAAAAUUGGUUGUGAUCGUGGGAAACCAAUAUGUGGAAAUUGUGCAAAAUCUCAUAAAACUGACUGUUUUUAUCCAGAUGUGCCUGGCGCUUAUGUAACUUCUUCUCCAGCUCCUGAAAAAUUGCAUAGAUCAGAUUACCAACAAAGACAGCAUUUACCUAAUCAACAGUCAAGAGAAGCUACUAUCAUCUCCCAUCACGCAAAUUCUGGUAUUGUCUCAAUGGAACAAAUUAGAGAUUAUAACACCAGAUUGCAACUGUUGACUGCUCAGGAUAAUAGAAAUUCUCCUGUGCCAGCAGACUUGAAUUUAUACCAUGGUUUGAAUCCAAAGGAUUCAAAUUUUGACGACUAUUCAAUGCUAAUGAAUUAUUAUGAAAGUCCAACAAUUUUCGAUUUAAUGACUUCAAUGUACUCUCAAGAGGAAGUAUUAUUAAAAGAAAUGAAAUUUUUAACCUCCAGAUACAAAGAAUUACAAAAUAUUAUUAAAGAUAACAACUUGGAAUCAGAAUAUUCAAAUGCUAAAAGAACUAACGACGAUGAUGAUACUGAAACUGAUGAAUUGGUAUUGAAAAAACAAAGAUUGAGAAUAGUACAGGAAAUUAAAACUAGUAUUAAUAAUAGAAAAUUUAUUGAUGCCUUCAAAGAUGUUGACCCUGAAUUUUUAGACGAUUCUCAAAUUUUUUCAGUGUUUAAUAAGAAAACGAAAUUUAAAGAAAGUUUAUUGCCUAUUAAAGAUUCACCAAAUACUUCAUUCGAUAUCAAAUUCUUAAUCUGCAGAGAUGAAUAUCUCGCUAGAUUUUACCACAAAUUGGGCAAGGUUGUUAAAAGUGAAUUUCAACCACAGGUUGACGUUUGGAAUAAAGUAAGAUCAGAAACACCGAUCGUAUCUAAAGCUGAUCAAGUUCUGAGAUUUCCUGCUCGUGAAGUUUCACAACAGAUCAUAUCAAAAUAUAUUGAAAUUGUCGCAGAAUCAAGUUCUUUGAUCCCAAUAUUAAAGCCAAAUGAGUUAUUAUCCUCAGUUGAACAACUUUUUGGUCGUGAGCCGAUAUUCACAACAACUAAAUUGAAUCUAGGUCAAGUUGUCACAUUAGGUUAUAUAUCUGUUUGCUUGCUUUUGUCAUUUGAAUCAAACGCUUCCACAGUCCUAAUUCCAUUAAAGGACGAACAAUUGUUAGUUUUCGAUCAGCUAAGGCAAUGGGUCCCACAAUUGAAAUCAAAUUUAGAAAUGGUAAAGUUUGAACUGGAGAAAAGAAAAAGUUAUUCUACUUCAAUAGAUGUACUGAAGUUUAUCGCAUUAUACAAAUUUUAUCAAAUGAUUUCAAGUGAUUACUGUGAAAUUGUUGAUUAUGAUGAAGAUAUUCAUCUUGCACGUCAAUUAUCAUUGAAUAAUGAAUCAAAAAAUCAAUCAUUAAUUAUAUUGUGGAACUUCAUUUAUAAAAACUAUUGUUGGAGACAUUUAUAUAAGGGUGAAAUUCCAGACUUGGUCAGUGGUCCUGAGCUUAACUCCUCCCUAGUUAUUGAUCCAUUGUUAACUAAUGAUAUUGGGUUACUAAAUUUCCAAAUUGAAAUGGUGAAAUAUUUACAUUCAAAGGAAGAAUUGAUUUCAAUGCAAAAAUUACAGAAAAUGAAAGAAUUAUAUAAAGUCAAACUAAAUGAUCAGAAUAAAAGAUGUUUCCACACCAGCUCACUGAUACACAGUGUUAUGAAUGCCCUUAUAUACCGUAACAGUACAUUGUUCAUGAAUUAUUAUCUACUGCUUCAGUAUGAAGAACUUGGUGAUAAAGAAAACUUUAAGGAUACUUUUACUGAAUUUCUUCAAUUAAUUCAAGAAAGUUUGUUUUACAUAUUCUCUAAUCUAGCAAGUCUAAAGUUUGCCGGAUACGAGUUUAUUUUUAGCAGUAGAUCAUUUAUGACAUUGGAUAAUAUUUGUCAAAUGUUGUUAGGUUUACAUCAACGUUCUACUGACGCCGUCAGAAAGUCGCAAUCCUCUACAGAAGAAAAUACUGCUAAAAAGGAACUAAAGGAGCACUCGAGCCUAUUGGUACUGUUACUACAUAAAGUAAUGAUGUUGUUACAAGAUUACUCUAAAAACUUAAAGGUAACUAAUGUAAUGAUAUCUAAAUUAACGGUUAAGAUCACAACUAUGUUGGAAUACGUUGAAUCAGAUCUACAACCUGCAAAACAGGUAACAACCUCAAACAACGGAUUCGAAAAUGCUGACACAGUCGCUCUAUUAAAGGAUAUUCAAAAGUUACGCACCAUUUCUGAAUCCCUAAUCAAAACAGACUUCUUUUCACAGCGUCCCACCUUCACACCUAAAGACCCAAGUAAACUAGGUAUAACUGCAUCAAAUUUUGCAGCUAUCUACAGCUCAUUCUACUCAUGA